AUGAUUUUGUUAUUAAAGAUACCAAAAAAAGAUUGGUUUGAUACAAUUGUUAUUAGGAGUCGAGGAAUACUUAAAGACGAUCGAGCUGUUUUAAUAUUUUUUGAUACUGAAGAACUAUUAGAAGAAUUUUAUAAAUCUUAUUCAGGAGACUUAGGAAUUAUUCAUUUCUAUAUUACUCAAAAUAAGAUUAUCGAUGACAAAGGAACGAGAGAGUAUAAGGAUGAUAUUGUAGAGAAAUUGAUUAAAGAUGAAUAUGCUGGACAUCAUGGACAUGUUAUUCUUUUGACUAAAGAAUUUGGAAGAGAUGUUGAUUUUCAAGCAGAAGCAAAAGUAAAUGACAAAGGUGGUAUUCAUGUUAUUCAAACAUUUUUCUCUAUGAAUGUGAAACAGGAAAUUCAAAUUAAAGAAAGAACAGCAAGAAAAGAUGAAACUGGUAGUUUAUUAAUUGAUCUUGUGUCUAGAACAUCUUAA